CGAGCCUUGUCCUCCUCUCAUCUCCUUGAUUUUUUUCAAAAAAUUAAAAUUAUGGCGAAAAGUCCUUCACCUCCAAUCCAUCUCAUAGUUAUGUUGCUAGUAACAUAUUUUUUGUGCACCGUAGGAAAAUCAAAUGCGUUGACAUGCCCACUACCACCUGAACUAGCAACUAAGCUUCAUGUUGAUCCAGUAGCCAUAGAUUCAGCAUCUACUGAUUACGGUAACAUAGUCCAUAGCGAACCAGCUGCUGUUCUUUAUCCAUCGUCCAUUGAAGAUAUUCAAAGACUAGUAAAAUCCUCAUACAAUUGUCCCAUUCCUUUUGGUAUAUCUGUUAGGGGAAAUGGCCAUUCUGUUAAUGGACAGGACAUGGCUCGUGAUGGGGUAGUAGUGGAUAUGAAAAGUUUGAGAGAAAAUAAAACUGGGAUCAAAAUUAGGGUUUCUAGAAACCAUUUAUUCGCUGAUGUUGGAGGUGAGCAAUUAUGGAUUGAUGUGUUACACACCACCGCAGCACAGGGACUUUCACCUGUGUCGUGGACCGACUUUUUGUACCUAAGUGUUGGUGGUACGCUUUCUAAUGCUGGAAUCAGUGGGCAAACAUUUCUGCAUGGUCCUCAGAUUAGCAAUGUUUAUGAACUAGAUGUUAUAACUGGAAAAGGGGAGCUUGUGACCUGCUCUAAAAGAAAUAAUUCAGAUCUAUUUGAUUCUGUUCUGGGAGGUUUAGGCCAAUUUGGGAUUAUAACUAGAGCAAGGAUUGCUUUAAGGUCGGCACCAACAAAAGUUAGGUGGUCUCGAGCAUUUUACAGUAAUUUCUCUGAUUUUAUCAGAGACCAAGAAAGAAUAGUUAGGGGUGGCCACAGAGAUGUAGCCAAUUAUUUGGAAGGUUCACUUGUGUUGGAUAAUGGCACUCCAACUGAGUGGAUAACCUCCUUUUUUCAUCCAACUCAGCUCCCUCAAAUUAUGUCCUUGGUUAAAACAUAUGGUAUCAUCUACUGUCUAGAGCUUACCAAGUACUACUUCAUAGAAGAUAUAGAGAGUGAAAUAGACCAGGAUUUACAAGAAGUAUUCAAACACUUCGCUCAUGUUCCUGGUUUCAUCGAUGCAAAAUUUGUCUCCCAUCAAGAAUUUCUGACGAGAGUCCCAAAUGCUGAGAAUGAAUCACAGACACAUCCAUGGCAAAAUCUAUUUAUUCCCAAAUCUCGAAUUUCAGAUUUCAAUGUAGGUGUCUUGAGAGAUAUUGUUCUUAAAAGAAACAUCACCACAGGACCUGUCCUCUUUUACCCUUUGAACCGACACAAAUGGGAUGCUCAGUUGUCUGCAGUUAUACCAGAUGAAGACAUCUUUUAUACAACAUCGUUCUUGCAUACAGGUGGGAUUGAUAAUUGGCAGGUCUACGAAGAUCAAAAUAAAGCAAUUAUUAAAUUUUGUGAAGAAGCUGGUAUCAAGAUUGUGAAAUAUCUUGCUGAUUAUACAACCAUAGAAGAAUGGAUUAAGCAUUUUGGCUCAAAAUGGACAACUUUUCGAGAGAGGAAAGCAAAAUACGAUCCAAAGAAUAUCCUAUCGCCAGGGCAAAAAAUAUUCAAUGGCGUUUAGUGUUUGCACUUCUGGUCAUAAUCAUGUAUAUCAACAAAUAUCAAUUUCUUUUCUGUUUUCUUUUUUAUUUUAAUUUCUUCACUUCUUAUGAAAGCAGAGGAGGAGAAGAGUGAUAAUCUCCAUCAUGAUGUGAGACCCAAUAUUUGCUUUUGGCGUCUUGAAGCCGUUCUGUAUAUUGAAGUAGACAUGACAACCACACUUGUAAUUCAUAUGCAUAAAGCUAGAAAGCAAUUACCAA